UUUGCUUUGAACAACAGUUGUCUCCCAUCUCGAAGCGCUACACGUGCCAAACAUUUAAAUUGUGCAUUUAAUUCGCGUUCUGUUUGCCGAUUUAUGACUGAAACUAUUGCCUAACAACAUUGCGAAAUGGCCUCACAAAAGCUGGAGUACGAUGCCAGCCUUGGCGGUCGUGAGACGCUGCCCAGCCAUGUGGCCACAUAUCAAUACGCUGCCGGUGCCCUGAAUGAAAUCAAAACACUGAUCGAGGAGGCGCAACUGCCGGCGAGCAGUAAGCUCAUCUUUCAAACGCUGCCCAAGCACAUGCGUCGCCGUGCCAUGUCCCAUCACCCGAAGCGUUUGCCACGCAAAUAUCGUGCCGCCCACAAAUCUCAAAUGGGCAAGGCGGGCAAUCAGCCGGUGACUAAUAAGCGACCCUCGCGCAAAUAUCGCCGCCGUCCCAAGAAUCUGAUGCGUGAGUAUGUGCGGCGACAGCGCAAACACCGCUGGCUGGAGACGCACAUCUGGCACGCAAAACGUUUCCACAUGAUCGAUCGCUGGGGCUACCGUUUGCCCUACGCCAGCUGUGACAAGACUUUCCGGGCUUGCUAUCGGGCCAGCGGCACUCAUUGCCUGCUGCAGGACAUGAGCUUCUACAGCUGCGUGCAGUUGCAGGGCAGCCUAGAGCUGUUGCGUGCCGGUUUCCAGCGUCUGAGCAGCGAUCGUUGUGGACUUGGCAUUGCGGCCAAGACAUUUGUCCAAGGGUAUCGUGAGGGCAGCAUCGAACUCUUUGCGGAUGGCCAAUAUCCAGCUGGAGCGCUGCAGCGUGUGCGCUUCAUGUGGCGUCGCGAAACAGCAGGCGAGAAGGCAAGUGUGCGCACCUUGUGGCUGUGGCUCCAUCCGGCGGCAGCAGAGGCGACAAUUGAGCAGCUCAACAGUGUGUUUCAGCUGAAGUCAGCGAAGCAGCAAACGUUGCCGUUGCCAUUGCCCGAACAGGACACUGACAAAUCGAAGCCGCUUCGUUUCUGGACACAAACCAAGGCUGUGGAACGUCAUCGCACCUAUGUGAAUGCCGAGGAUGCUGUGGAGCUGCUCGUGUUGGAGCAGGAACUGAAUCGCUUUCGUCUCACCGGUGAUAAUUGCCAACGUGUGCUUGCCGCCAGUUUGCGUGCCGAGCGUCCGACGAAGCUCGAAGAGCAGGCCGCCUACUGUGAGGCUACAUUGCAACUGGAGUCGCCGCAACAGGCGCCCGUCUCGAAUCUAAUAAUGGGCUAUCAAGUCACCGAUCCGCGUCUACAGCGACCCAGGCAACGCAGCAAAGCAGCCAAGUCCGAGUUGCCAGCAACUGGCAGCACUUUGUGUCUGCAACAACGUCCCGUCAAUCUGUCCGACAGCGGCUUGUGGGAUGCGGCGGUGCGCGAGCGUCUCGGCCAGAACAUGUUGACGGUGCACAAAUACGAGCAGCUGCGUCAGCAAAGCGUCGUCGUGCCCGGCGAGCGUUGCGCCUUCGAGGAGCGUGUGCAGUCGUUGCCAUUGUUGCUCAUUCACCGUCCGGGCUGUCAUGAGGGACGCCUGGGCUAUGGCUCUGGCUGGGAUGUGAUUGCGCCUGCCGACUAUGGCAUGGCGCUGUGGAAGACAUUCGUCAUGUGGGGAGCACGCCCAGGUGGACUACGAGAGUUCGAUUCGGUGGCCAGGGAGGCGGGCGUCGAGCUGCAUUUGCCCGAUACCAUUGCAGGCAAACAGCUUGCUGCUCUGGCGACUGCAGAGCGACGCCUGCGCUACUUUCGGCUGCCGCCCAACAAGCGCUGCAAUUACCGCAAACUGUCCGUCGUCAGUCCGUUUGCAGCGCCGUGGCAGCAGCUGGUGCGCGAUUGGCGUGAAGCCAGCGAUGCUGCCUUCUAUGUGUUGCGUGAUCACCGGCUGCUGCAGAGCCUCAAGCAGUGUGUGCUCCAUGGACUAGUUGAUUAUCCCGCCGAGGUGCCCGACGACAGUCUCAUCCAGAUUCGCUUGCAGCUGCAUGCUCGCGGUCAACUAAAAGCAAACGCCUUGAUUUGCCUGCCCACGGCACAGGAUUGGCAGCGUCAGCGGCGGCAGCUGAAGCGCAACGAUCUGGCACCCGUGCAUCUGGAGCCACCGCUGCCCGAUGCCAAUGAGCGGCGACGCAAGGAGACGCGUCUGGGCCACAAGAGGCUGCUGAAGCGUUUGCGAGCGCGUCGCGUGCGCGAGAAGCGCAAAUUGCAGGAGACGAGCACGCGACGUGUGCACAUUCGUGCAGCGCAGACAGCGCAGCUGGUGCGUGAGCAAUUCGAGCGGAUGUGUCGCCUCUGGCUGCCCACGGAGCCGGCGGAGACGCGGGACAGCGUGCGACGUCAGUGCAGUCGCGAGGUGUUUGGCUAUGUGACAACGGCUGGCUUCAGUUACAGCCAGGCGAAGGUAUGCGGCGUUGGCUAUGUGGUUGCAGCGGGACUUCGUCAGCUGCUGGCGGAGAGAGUGGACAGAGGAAACGGUGGCAAGACGCUGCUGUGUUUGGUCCGUGAUGCAGAUAGUUUGGUGUAUCGAUUCGCUCGUCUCGAAAUCAGCGAGUCCGUUCUCUUCUCGCCUUGCUGAGCGACAGACACUAGGCUCUCAAAGUACUGAUUACUAUGUAUAUCUUGUAUAUAAAUGACUUUAAGUGACUAAUAAAUUAUAAAAAAUUGAAUACG